AUGUCUAAAACGGAGAAAGAAUUGGAAAUGUUUACACGAGAAGAGGCCGUGGAAUUUCUUCAGAAUUCGUGGAAGAUCAAAAACGUGGUCGAAAGAAUGAAAACUGAUCGAAAAAACCUUGCAGAUGAAAUAGUCACUCAUAUCCUUGAAAAAGUUCCUUUUCAGAGCAUCUCAUUGGUAGCAGCUAAGCCAGAAGAUCGCAACCGACCUUCUUUUGAAGAUAUUAAAGCAAUGUGUACAGCAGGUGCAAACAUUUGUAAUUCCUCAUGCGGAAUUUUACAUUCUUACUUUCUUCCUGUCUUCAACAGGCAUGCAAUGACAAUCACAUUCACAUUGUGUAUAUAUCAGUGUGUAAGGAAGCGGUCAUUAUCCAUGGAAGGGAGUUUCUUGGUAAAAAUGUUGAUGACCCAACAGUUAAAAAGUCAAACUUUUUUACCCAACCUCAAAUAUCAAUCAAUAACAAAUACCCACCCCUGACCAAAAUCGUUACAAAAAGAUACCUGUAACAUGAGUUUGAUUGUAUGUGCAAUUUUCUGUAGUGUCUAAAGUUUCAUGUUGUCUGCACAUGUAUUUUCUUUGGAGACAUUCCUCCUGACAACAGUGGCGGAGGUAGAGGGGGCCCUUACGCAUAUUUGGUGUGGGGGCCCCUGUUACCUGUUGUCAUUGUUUGACUGAGAUAUUAUAUUUAUAUUGAAUACUUAUGGAUGUUCUGUAAAAUUCCCUGUCUAUAAAAAUAACAGCCUCCAACACAUGUAACAACUAAUAAGAAUAACUUUUGUUUUAUUUGAGAUGGAAUAAAAAAAUCAGCUACCGUUGUCGAUGAAGGCUUUAUUAUUUAACAUUUUAUUUAGCUUAUUAAUUUUGCAUUUUCCCCGCAUUGAUUCUUAGCCGAUAGGCCGUGGCUGACCAGGGGCCCUUAGUUUUUGAACUAACCCUACCGAUUGAGCGUUACGCCACUGCCUGACAAAUCGAAAAAUGAUCAAGAUAGUGACUCUGAUUGAUUGAUUGAUUGAUUUACAUAUUGUAUUGACGUGACAUAUGACUGUCGACAUUGCUUUUUACUCUAUGCUUUGGAAAUGACAUUGAAUGUUUAUUACCUAACCCUCGAGUAGUUUUGUUUUUCAUUUACCCAACCUUUUACUCACUCAAAAUUUUAUUUUCCCAACCCUUUUCUCGCGGUGACACCCUCCGCCAUAAAUAAUAAUCGUUAUCAAUCCACUUGUUCUUGCGAAUAAAACUGUUGUGUUUUUUAGGAGUUGGUGGGCUGUGUUACGAGAUGAACAUCUUCACAUGGGGUUUGUUAAGAGGUGUGGGGUUCGAUGCACGCAUGGCUGGCUCUACUGUGACUUCAGCCGUUACUUCCCCGAACAAUCACACAAUCGUACUGAUCAGCGGCGUAGAGCAAGAUGGCGACGUGUACUUGGCAGAUUGUGGUACAGGCUUCCCCAUAUUUCGCACAGUUUCGUUAGAUUUCACCGAAGAGUCCCCAAUUUUCAAAGAUGGCUUUUUGGAGUACAAAUAUGUCCGGCACGAGGGGAAAAUACUAAGAAUGCACGGCAAAGGGGAUAUGGUGAAGCGAAAUAACCCACCAGUAGAAGGCCUUGAUUUCUUUAUCGGUCGCUGGAGGCGGUUUUAUUCAUUCGUCCCAAAAAUAAAGCCCUCAGAGCUCCUCAGCAAAGAACACUUCAAAUCGAGCAUUUAUCUUACGCCCUUCACGUCAUCGCCCCGCGCGCUUUGGUUUCCAGGGAAACGUGCUGUUGUCAUCGCGAACAACAAGCUGAUAAUCGAGAAAGAAACUGGAGAAAUGGUGACGACCGUCUUGAAAUCUGAUGAAGAAAUUCUGAAAGCUUAUCAAGAUCAUUUUCCACAACUGAAACAGGAUACAAUACGGCUUGCUUUGGCAGAAUGGCAUAGUGCGUCCAAGUCUUAAGAACUCAUUGUAUCAUUAUAUUUGGCCAACUAGUUAUUAUAAAAU